GCGUGCCCCGGAAGCGGAAGUGGCGGCGCGCAGCGGCUCGGCCAUGGCGCGGGAGAAGCAGCAGGAGGCGGAGGCGGAGGGAACGCCAGAGCGCUCGUACCGGGAGCAGCUCGACUUCCUGAACCCCAUCGCCCAGCCGCUCGCCUCCCGCAAGCUGACGCGCAAGCUCUACAAGUGCAUCAGGAAAGCGGCCAAGCACAAGCAGAUCCGUCGCGGCGUGAAGGAGGUCCAGAAGUUCAUCAACAAAGGCGAGAAGGGGAUCACGGUGCUCGCCGGCGACACGCUGCCUAUCGAUGUGUACUGCCACAUCCCUAUCAUGUGCGAGGACAGGAGCCUCCCCUACGCAUACGUCCCUUCCAAAUCGGACCUGGGAGCCGCCGCCGGCUCGAAGCGCCCGACCUGCGUCAUCAUGAUCAAGCCCCACGAGGAGUACCAGGAGACCUACGAUGAGUGCCUGGAGGAGGUGGGGGCUCUGCCCCUCCCGCUGUGAAGAACCGGGGACGGGCUGUGCCCCGGGGGGCGGCGGCGGCGGGUCCACACCCCCACCCCUCUCUUUCUGUGGACACUGACAGGGGGACACUGCCGGCGGGCGGUGAGCGCUGUGGGGGUCAAUAAAGGUGUUUGCGGGGUUUGUA